CGAGACGAGGCUCAGAAUUAAGCUUCAUGUCGAUGACGGCGCCGCGAUGACUCUGCUGUGGGCUCUGCUGUGGGCUCUGAUCCCUGCAGGGUCAUCUCUGCUGUGCAAUGACUGCUCCUCUGACUCCUGGGAUUCCUGCCAGAUCACAAGCUGUCCCGUUUACAGCCGGGCGUGUGCCACCUUUCACCAGGUCCAGAACAUCUAUGGCAAUGCGACCUCUUUGUUCCAGAGGUUCUGCACCAACUCAAAGACGUGCUAUGAAUCCUUCUCCAUCAACAAUGGAUAUGAGAGCUUCAGGCAGGCCUCUGAGUGCUGCAGCUCUGAUUUGUGUAACACUGGGACCCCGGCAGUGAAUCUGUCUACAAACGGACUGGUAUGCUGUGCAGGGUCUGUCCCAAACUGCCAAACCACAGUGCAAUGUGUCGGUGAUGAAGAGUACUGCUUCACCACACAGAGUGAGUAAUUUGUAUGGCUGGAUUGUCAGUCU